AUAGCUUAUAUGCAACAUCAUAGGGUCCUCAACCAAAACUCCUCUCUCAGUACACUUCUUUUAAAAGCUCAAACAAAAAGAGACAAAACUUGUUUGGGAGAUUUAGAGGAGUGUUUGGUUCUUAGGAUAAUAAUAUCCUAAACAGAUCAGUAUGGCUAAGUCGUAUGGAGCUCUCUUCCUCUUGGCCCUCAUUGUCUUCUCCAUGCUUCAAACCACGGUUAUGGCCUUAAAGGGAUCUGGAGGGAAUUGGAACCCGAAAAAUUAUAGACCAGGAAGCUUGAAACCUAAACAAUGCCCCAGUAAAUGCAAUACAAGGUGUAGCAAGACUCAGUACCGCAACGCGUGCAUACUGUUCUGCAACAAAUGCUGCAGAAAGUGUUUGUGUGUGCCUCCUGGCUAUUACGGGUACAAAGAAUUCUGCUCUUGCUACAACAACUGGAAAACUCAACAGGGUGGACCAAAAUGCCCUUGAAGCAGACUUCCCCACUUCCAAAUUUCACAUCGUUCCUUUUUUAUAAUAAAAGUUUUCGAUGAUAAAAUUAAUAUUUCACUUUGAUCAGUGGCUUUUUUUUUUCUCUCUCUCUCUUGUUUUAUCUGUUUUUUUUAAUUCCUAAUGUUGUAAUGUUAUGCCACUCCUUUGGGCUUUUGUUUCAAGUCCGAAAAAAUAUGAGAGUGGCCUAUGAAUUAAAUGAUAUUUUCAUCUAUAUAGUUUUCCCUUACAAUUUGCGAACGGUUCUCUUGGCCCAAUGCACGCAACCAAUUAUUGAUUUUCCAGUUAGCCCAGUCCCGAGAAGCCC